AUGAGAGGGAGAGACCGGGAUCAGGGUCGGGACAGGGGGAGGGAGCUCAAGCAACUCCCGGGUCUGACCCGCCUGAAGAGAGACGAAAGCCCCCUGAGCUAGGGGGACCUGCGGGGCUUCGUGCGCGCUGUGUUGGGGAGGGCGCAGGGCGCGCAAAUCGGUGCCGUGCUAGUGGCCAUGCCACUGGGAGGCAUAGAUCUGAAGAAGAAAGUGGUGCUGACCCAGGCCCUGGCCAAGUCUGGACAGCAGCUGGAGCUGCCAGAGCCCUUAUGCCUGCAACUCAUGAACAAUUCUACAAGGGGAGUGGGUGACAAGGUCAGCCUGGACCUGGUACCUACCCGGCUGGCUAUAGGCUACAAGGUACCCUGGUGGGGAAGGGAGGGGUGGGGCCGGGGAGGAAGCCCCGCCAAUAAACUGGAGUCUAUUCCUGGAUUCACCCUCAUCCAGAGUUAAGAGCAGGUACAGGUUAUAAACCUAUUCUUAAGUAGACAGCACAACUUUUAUUUGGUGUUUCUGAAAAUGAAUCAUCUCACUUCUCACACGCCACAUCUCCGAAAAAGCUCCAGACCCCUCUGCGUCACCACCCCCUCCAUCCUCAGUCAGAAGAUGGUGGACAACCCAUCCCCUCCGGUGGUGGACUUGAAGUAUUCCCUAGUCACACCCAGCAGCUGCCAAGAGUCCUGGGGAGCACCUGUGCCUGCUGGAGUUCGUGUGUCCUAUGUGAAUCCCAGUGUGGCUGUGGCCUGUUUGGGUAGGUCUUCUAACGUGAGCUCAACUUCCCCUGCAUGACUCUGGCAGUCUGGUCCCAUGUGCCUCUUGGGAGCUGGAGGACCGCCCGGCCCAGGGGCGCUUCGAGUGGAUGCCCGGGAGCAGAGCCUGGACCUGGGCCUGGCUCCAGGCCUAUGCUCCCGGACCCCCGCGCCCGGAGGAGGAGCUGCACGUGCCCGUGGACAGUGGGCGCCGGGAGACCUCCGUCCCUCCCCACCAACCCAGGCCCCUUCCCUUCUCCGAGUUCCCAUCCCCUUUCCUUCCCCGAGCCCGGA